UCGCGUUGGUUGUUUGCGUCCGUCUUCGUGUGAAAUUCGUGCUUUAAUUUCUUACGAUGGUCGGUGAAAUGUAAUUAAUCAUUAAUUGAAUCGCCAUUUCGUAUUUCGAUUCGAAAUUGUUCGAGUAUUUCGUAUUAUUUUUCACUUCGUAGGUGAUGUGUUUGAGCUUCGUGAAUUGUGUUUUUGCCGUCGCCAUUGUUCUCGAAUUCGGUGUCGCGUAAAUUCUUGACAGAAGGUUAUGUAUGUUCGUAGAUAAUUCGAAGAAAAUGAUACCUAAUGGUUCGUUAUUCGGUAACUUUAUUAUUCGAGUUUUGAUUUUUACGAAUCCGAUUGUGUUAUUGUUAUUCACCUUCUUCGACGUCUGCGCGUAAAUGCUUUGUUAGUAGUUUUCCGCGUCCGGUUCUAAAAUCGUUCGAAAUGAGAUUAAAUUGUUCAUUUAUUCAUUCCGAAAACGCUUUGGAAAAUUCGAGUCAACAUUUUCGGUGAUAAUUGUUCAAGAAUUAGUAAAUCAUUUUACCAAGUUUCGGAACUGAUUUUCUAAUGUGUUCCUGUUGCCUACUGCUGCUGUUGCUGCUGCUCCUGUUCCUGUCUAGUUCGUUUAAAGAUUUAUCGACAAGUUUUAAAUGAGAAACAGAAAUGUGGAAAGAGAAUUCCGACCAGAUAAAAUGACUUAGAGCCAAAGGGAGUCGCACAUUAAAGGACAAUGACGGCGGUUUGUUUCGUGUGCAAUUUGCCGAUACUCAGCUACCAAGUGGGCCUGGUAUGGCAAGGUGGAAACGGCUGGGACGACCUGAUGCGCGAACAGCUGGAAGAGUCGACGCUACGGGCUCGACUAGGCGGUCGGCGCGAUUCUUCGGCUCAAAUCACAACUAUUUCGCCGCCGACCGAAACGCAAGAAACGUCGCCGCCGCCCCGCAGACGUCGCCGAAGCUCGCUGGCUCAAUUGACCGACAUCAUCAAGGACUGGGGCGGCUCGGCGACGCGAAAACGCAAAGAGCAGUUGUCUCGUCGCGAAACGUUGGCCGAUCUGGCCAAGAGCCUGCCAUGGCCCAGAUCCGACACCAAUCGUAAGCGACGCGAAUCGUCGGUCGACUCGGGCGUCAAAUCCAUCUCGACCAAAGACGGCCGCCAAGACAGUCAAACAUCGAGGGCUCGAACCGAAAUCUACCGAUUGCUGAACAACGCCUCCAGACACCAGUCGACCACCAUCUACGCCAGCGAUGUGCGUCGCAGCUCCGGCGAACACCCGGGUAGACGCGAUUCGACGGCCGCGUACUCGUCCAGACGCGGAUCCGGCGAAUCGGGUAAGAGCAGUAGGCGCGAAUCGUUGACCACCUCCAGUCCCAAGCAUGCCAGACGUCAUCACCAUCACGGACCCGGCGGAAUGUCCCGCGUCAGACGCGACUCCAAACCGGAUUUCUCGUUUGCUCGAGACGAAAGACGAGCUUCGCUCAGCGCCGAAAUGCCCAGCCAAGGAUUACUCAUGGCGGCGCCCCGAAUUGAUUGCAGCACGCAGGCGUUACCUCCACCCACCAUUAUAACCAGUUCGGUGACGCCGCCGUCGACGUCGCCUUCUGUCUCGCCACCAUGUCAUACCCCGAUGGCCCCCGAACCGCCGCCCAAAGAGUCGUCGCCUCCUUCGAGACCCACGUCGCCUCAACCGUCUUCGUCGAACGCCGCCGCAACCGUUACCACCGUCUACGCAAUCACUACCAUUACCACAGCUACCACCGAGACCUCGGCUCCGCCAAUCACCUCGCCUACUCAUCCGCUGCUCACGUCUAGGCGUGAUUCGACCACUCAAGUUUCGUACCCCAAACGUCGCGAAUCUCGAAGUUAUGCCUCAGCAUCCCCCGAACGUCGUCCCAGCAAAGAGCUGCCAACAUCGAAGCUGGCCCGACUACAACGUCAAUCGACGGCCAUCGACGAAAGCGGAUUCGGCCUACCGGGUCGUCGAGGCUCGCAACCAGCUCUAUCAGCCGACGAAAUCGGCUCAGCUCGCAAAACCAGAAGAGACUCCUUAUCACCGGACUCCGCUCGAGGUCGGCGCGACUCCAGAACACAUCUGUCGCCUGAAAGAACAGGAGGCGAACGGGAUACAUCGCCUGUUGGCCGUCAACGUCGACGAAGCAAUAUGCGUCGACAAUCUACUUCCUACGUGACCACCAAUAACCUCGAUCGUCGUGGAUCGCAGCAAACGCGUUCGCCUGAUUCGUAUUCGUCGAGUUCGUCGCGCGAUCAGUCACCUUCGCGACCGCCUCCUGUCACCUAUAAUCGAGCUCCGGCUAUCAGACGACAAUCAACCACCGAGGAAAUCCUGAUCGCGAGAGGAUUUCGUAGACAGUCUACCACCGAGGAGAUGAUUCGAUGUCGUAAUUUUCGUCGGCAGUCGUCGCAGUCGGACGAUGUGUGUCGGUAUCGCGGCCGUCGAGAUUCAUCCGCGCAAAUCACCGAUGGAACGUUGGCCACCAUGGUCGUCGAAACGGGCAGCACCUUUUUCGAUUCCAGUACGCAGACAGAUCCAUCGCCGUUGUACGACAACAACCAUUACCACGAAGAAUGCUUACGUUGCAAUUCGUGCGGCUUGAACCUGACCGGGCCGAAUCAGAAGCGCGCGCGUCGAUUCAAGAAUCAGAUUUUAUGUGAUCUGCAUUUCGCGGACGUCGCCCUGAUGGAAUGUUCGGAUUUUAUGCAGCAAUUACGAAGCUUUAAACCGCAAUCGUUGGGAUGCGCGGUAGCCAGGAGAAAAAGCUCGACGACGUUGAUAUUCCCGCUUCCACCGCAGGCGUGUUCCGACGAAUUUUGCGAAGAUUACCCGCAUAAUUUGAUUCCAACACCGGGCUACUGGAUCGAGUGCUCGAGGCAGAAGAUCACCAACGAAACGCUGUGGGAUGACACGGAUACCGACGCUGAUGAACAAGACGAAGACGACGAUGCGGGCGAAGGGCCGUCCAGACCGAGGUAUCGACGCGAUGACAGUUUACUAUUGGAAGACGAUGAGUAUUUCGAGGAAGAGGAGGAAGAACCACCUCCUCCUAGGAAAAAGACCACCAUAGAAGAACAAUGGGAGAAGAAUCAAGGCUUCGAGUUGACCUCCGUGGAGCAGGAAACCUUUGAAAAGUAUUUCUACGGCACCGAGCAUUGGAAUUAUUUCACCAACGACGAGGAUUUAGGUCCUGUUAUUUUAAGCUUGAAACAAGAAACCAUCAAUAAUAGAGACCAAUUUAGGAUAUUGGUUCGCGCUAUUAGUUACACGGUUCAUGGUCUGAUACCGGCGUCUUGCGUAUUCGCUGAUAGAUACAAUCGAGAGGAGGUCGUCAGAUCGUUGGGCAAAGAGGUGAACCUGAAUCCGCCCUUGGUGCUGGGACAGCUGCCCGAUACACCGGAGGAGUUACUCAAAUUAGACCAAGUAUUUAUCAAGUCUGAAUUGAAAGUUGGCGUCAUCUACGUUAAAGAAGGACAAUACAACGAAGAAGAAAUACUAGAUAAUAACGAAAAUAGUUAUUUAUUCAACGAAUUUUUGAGCAUACUGGGAGAUACCGUUAGUUUAAAAGGUUUUGAAAAAUACAGAGGAGGUCUAGACACGGUGCACGAUUUAACGGGAGAAUAUUCGGUGUACACGAAUUGGAGAAAUAUUGAAAUCAUGUUCCACGUUUCGACGUAUUUACCGUAUGAAAAACACGAUCCACAGAAGCUUCAACGAAAAAGACAUAUAGGAAACGAUAUAGUAUGCGUUGUAUUCCUGGAAGCGGAUAAUACCUCGUUUUCGCCAUCUUGUAUCAAAUCGCAUUUUUUACACACGUUCAUCGUGGUACGAACUAGUCCCAGGGUGCGGAGGAAAACGCCCAGAUACGAGGUAUCGGUAGUGACACGAGACGAAGUCGGAGCGUAUAAACCAUACCUUUGGGAGCAAUCUGUGUUCGAAAACGGACCGAUGUUUCGCGAAUGGAUAUUAACGAAGAUCGUAAACGGAGAACGAGCCAGUUAUUCGGCGCCCAAGUUUGCUCGAAUGCAGGAACGUACCCGUAGUCAGAUGCUGGAAGAUUUAGUGGCCAAUUUGCAGAAUCACGCCGAAACUGGUCAAAUUCCUAAACCAUACAGGAGAGGUUCGUGGCGACCAAUCGGACACAUGAGGCCGUCUAGUCCACUGUUGGAUUCGGUGCGAGAUCGUUUCGAAGCUUAUGAACAACUGGCUUCGGAUUUCAUGAAGAAUUUCCUCAACACCGAAGAAAACAUGGCUACGAACGCGAUGCUGUUCGAUGUAGUAUUCUUGGUCGGUCAGAGUAAACAGAAAACGAAAUUUUUAGGCGUUAGAGCCAUCUUAGGAGUAAGAAGCAGGGUAUUUCAAGAAAUGCUGUACGGUAUAUCGGCUGGAUUCGGUUCACCUCAGAUGCCAGUAGCUGAAAUCCUCGCUCGUGCUGUUCCUACCAUUCCUAGUCCCCAAAAACCGAAGAGUAGUAAUUUCUUGCAAGUGCCAGAUAUCGAAAGUUCCAGAGCCAAAAGCGUACCAAGUUCGCCGAUGGUGAAAAGAGCAUUCUCAAGAUUGGGUACGUUGACAGCCGGAUGGGGUCGUUCGAUACGUGGAAAACAGCAGUUACAAUUGACCAUCGACGAUAAAAAGAAAUGGUCUUCGUCGCACGAUUGUUCGAAUAAAGAGACAAAAGAAAAAGAGAAAGCGGUAGCUGAAGCGACGCAGUUGGCUGUACCUAGGUUGAGCGUGUGCGCAGACGCGCAAAAAAUUGAUAAAACUAAAUUAGCUCAGACUGAAUUUUCAAUUAUCGAAUUCGAUGCCGAAACGUUUCGUAUAUUGUUGAAUUAUCUGCACACGAGCACUUGUCCAAUCACGUGUGCCAUUGUACCAGGUCUGAUUUGCGCUGCGGAGCAUUACGAUCUUCCCGAAUUAUUACAAGCUUGUUUUCAUCAUACGAAGCAGCAUCUAAGACUGGAAGUGAUUUGCCUGAUGUUGAACAAUUUGGAGAACUACGUAUGGAGAUAUAAUUCGGCCGUCGAACUGGUUAAUUUGAUUUUUCUGUACAUCGAACAGCACGCGCCGAAGGUGGUACUUUUAUAUCCUGAUUUUUUAACGCUUUCGGAAUCGAUGGUGAAUCAGAUUAUGAAUCGAGAUCUGGACGUUCCUGAAAUUCGUAAAUUCGAAGCGAUCUUACGAUGGGCGAAAAAUAAAAGUAAAUCUAAGCCGGAUCCGAAGCAAGAAUUCAAACACAUUAUGGACCGAUUAAAGAAAGACAUUAAUUUGAUGAAAAUCGCACCCCAAGAUUUAAUCAAGAUCGUACUGCCCAGCAAGACUAUCGAGAACCAAGCCAUACUGGAUACGUUAACGAAACAGGCCAACUCCGGUAUUUAUCGUCUGAGGGAAAGCACGUUCCAAGAUUUCCACGAACGUGUUCAAAGGCAACGUUUAACUGAUUGGGAUUCGUUUGAUAACGACUGAUAUCAACAUCAUCAUCAUCAGGUCGAUGACGACGACUGAUGAUAGGGCAAGAAUAGCAGCAACGUCAUGUCAACCAAACUCGUAUUUAUCAUAUUUUCUAAUUCGCCGCGAGAAUUUACAGAGAAAUUUAUUGUGUUCAUUUUAAAUUUACCUACCUACUCGAAUAGCUUUUCGCGAUCGCGAUCCAUGAUCGAAAAAUUUACCGUACAUUGUGUACUCAUUAAGAUCCUCGGGUGGUAUUGGUAAGUACAACUUUAUUUUACCCAAACAUUCGUGGUGGAGAGUCGUUCAAGGAAAGGAAAAAAAGAGGAAUUCGUUAUACCUACUCGUUAUAAAGGCGCUUGCAUUUAAUUAUUAUCUAACAAAAAAAAAAUACUUAUCGUAUUUAAUUGUGUGUUUAUUUAAAAAAAAAAAAAAUUGGUGUCUAGUACGGGUAUAUUCCUCCUGUACGUGUAUGUCUACUAUGUGUGUCUUGUUGUAUAAGUUUACUAUUUAUAGUUUUUGGGUUUUUUCCGAUGCUGAUAUUUGUGUGUUGUAUAGGUCUGUUUGUUUGUAUCACUUCGAAAUGUUUAUUACGCGACUUUUAAUUUUCUUUUUAUUCUUUAUAUUUUACGGAACAGACUUUUCGUGUGAUCAUUAAUACUUUCAAUUUUUUUUCGUUUUUUUUUCGUUUCAAUUUUUAUUUAGGUACGCGUUACCGUGUACCUAUAACGUUUAUUUUAUUAUUACUAUUUUUUUUUUUUCAAAUUUUGAAAAGGGGUUUUUCUAAACCUGUUUAUAUUUUUAAAACUUACGCAUUUCGUUCGACUUAGAGCUGAUUUUUUGGCUCGUUUUUGACCCGAUUCCGAUGGGAAAUCGAUCAUCUUUGGUUCGGCGUUCUUCGGCUCGUUGAAUGCGAUUCGGUACGUAUGUGACUUUUUGGCAUGUUUUAGGUCAGUGGAAUUGUUUAGGAUUAAAGGUGGGGAAAGUAAGGGAGGUAAAGAGUUGAAAUCUGAACUAGUCCCUUUUUCAUAUACUGAACAAGCAUCUAAAGUUACUGGUCAUCUCAGGGAUGUGGGUUGAUUGACCUUGGAUUUCUAUAGUUACACUUAAAAUGGGAGAAGUUGAGCCCAGAGACACUCCCUCCCCCCUAAUUUUUUCAAAAUGGCUUGGACCCAAUUUCGAGUGAAACUGAAAUUUUGUGAAAUUAUUUCAGAUUUACUUACCUCGUGAUUUAUCAAAAUGAGUUUAAAUUCAGGGAGAAAUUCAAAUAGGUACCUACCUACAUAUUAUUUUGAUGAAUUCUUUUUGUGUGUUUUUAAAGAACUUCAAGCUCAAAGAUGUGUCAUGAUUUUGGGAAUUUUUGGAAAAAGUACGAUGCGACCUUUCGCAAUAUGGUUAAAAUUUUACAAGAUAUUUGAAUGUUUCAAUAAACAUUUUUGCUGAUCAUUUUCGAGAAAUGUUUUUUUUGUGUGGAGUUUUGGUUGCAAAUUGCGUCAUAAUUCUUGGAAUUUUUAAAAAAUGGCCAUUUAACCCAUCGAAAUAAAUUUAAAAUUCAGCAAAAAUUCAAAAACUCUUCUUUUGGCCUUUUUUUGUGAAUUUUUGGCUUGAAAUAGGGGAUUGAUUUUGAACAGAAAAUCCAAAAUUUUCAAUCUAAACUUUUUUUGAGCACUUUCGAUAAAUUUUGAGCCACAAACUGGAGUCCUUAUUUUCAGAGUUAUUGAAAAAGGUGCAACGCAAACCUUUCAAAAUAGGAUAAAAUUUGUGAAAACUUUUUUGAAGAAUUUUGAGCUCAAAAUUGGGUUAUAAUUUUUGGAAUUUUUGAAAAAGGUGUCAUACAAUCUCUCAAAAUGACUCAAAGUUUCAACAGAAAAUGGAAAAGUUUCCAUAAAAACUUUUUUUGGCCACUAUUGUAGAAUUUUGCAACUAAACUUGGGUCACAAUUUUCGAAAUUAUUAAAAAAGUGCAAUUUGGGUUAAAAUGUUGCCAGAAAAUCAAAAAUUUCUGUCAAAACGUUUUUCAGCUUUUUUUUUAAAGAAUUAUGUACCCAAAAUUUGGUUGUGAAUUUUGGGAUUUUUGAAGGAAAAGGAUCUUGUAACUCGUCAAAAUUGGUUGAUUUUCAGCAAAAAACCAAAAAUUUCCAAACCGAAAUUAUUUUUGAGCUCUUGGAAUGAAUUUUGAGCUCAGAAUUCGGUCAUGAUAUUUGAUAUUUUUGAAAAAAUAUUCAUGUAACCCUUCAAAAUGGGCUGAAAUUUCAGCAAAAAAUGAAACAUUUUCAUCAAAACUGCUUCUAAAAAUUAAAAAAAAAAAUUCAAGCCCAAAAUUAGGUCAUAAUAUUUUUGAAAUUUUUGGGAAAAAAGGGUGAUGUAACCCUACAAAAUAAGCUGAUAUUUCGGAAGAAAAUCAAAAUUAUUCAUCAAAACUGCUUCUAAGAUUUUAAAAAAAAUUUAAUCCCAAAAUUGGGUCGUAAUAUUUUUGAGAUUUUUGAAAAAAAAAGGGGUCAUGUAACCCUACAAAAUGAGCUGAAAUUUUGGCAGAAAAUCAAAAUUAUUCAUCAAAAUUGCUUCUAAUGAAUUGAAAAAAAAUUAAUCCCAAAAUUGGGCCAUAAAAUUUUUGAGAUUUUUAAAAAAAAAAUGGGGUCAUGUAACCAUACAAAGUGAACUGAAAUUUUGGCAGAAAGUCAAAAAUGUUUAUCAGAACUGUUUUUGAGCACUUUAAAAAAACUUUGAAUCCAAAAUUGGGCCAUGAUAAUUAUUUGAAAUGAUAGCAAUUUCUCAAAAAUUCAAAUACUUCGACGAACUUGCUUUUUGAGCAUUUUUGAAAGAUUUUUAUCCCAAAAUUGAAUUACGAUUUUUGGAAUUUUUGAAAAUGUGCUAUAUGCUUGUCAAAAGAGGUCAAAAAAUGUCAGGAGCGAAUGAAGAAUUUCUAUUAAAAUUUUUUUGUUCAAAAUUGAGGAAUUUUAAGCUCAAACUUGGGUCAUUUUUUUUGUUUUUUUUUUUUUUAUUUUCGGAAUUUUUGAAAAAGUACUUAACCUUGCACUGUAUCAAAAUGGUUUAAAAAUUUGAGAAAAACUCGAAUGUUUUUGACCACAAACUUGAGUCAUAUUUUUUGCUAAUUUUUCUCUUCAUAUGGCUCAUUUCGAUAAGUUAUAAGAUAAUUUUAUUUUUACACGACUAUUUAGAAAGUUCACUCAAUUUUGAGAUCAAAAAUGUUCAAAACUAAUCAGAAAAGGUUUUAAUUGAAUUUCUGUUUUUUUUUUUUUUUUUUUUUUUUUGUCAAAUUUUGACUUAUUUUAAUUAGUUUGUUGGACACCUUGUUUGAAAAUUUCGAAAAUUAUGAUCCAAUUUUGGAGAUUAAAAUUCUUGAAAAGUGCUCGAAAGCAUUUUCAUUGAAAUAUUUAAAUUUCUGGCAAAGUUUCAACCCAUUUUGAUCGGUUGCAAGGUUAUUUUUGAAUAAUCCCACAGCAGUUGAUUUUUAUUCGAAAUUGGAGACUGGUUCGACUUUAAAAUUCGAUUGCGAUUUGUGCCCUUCAGUUCAGCCAUUUUUCGCAAACUCGAAUGUAAUUUCCCGCUCAAAUUCGUGCGCGAAUCUCGUACCUCGUAUUUUCCUCGUGAAUUUUAUUUUUUAAAUUUAGUCAUUUUUUUCAUAUCGAAUCAAAAUAAUCGUGUGUAAUCAGCAGGUGUCAUUUGUGGUAAUGUUUCGAUUUUGAACGAGAUAAUUUUCAAGGAAGGUCGCCGCAAUCAAAGUUUUUCUAACAACAGGAUGCCAUUGAUUAAAACUAUACUAAAACAUUAUUAAACAAAAUACAUUUCAAGGUAUAAAACAUUUGUAUAUUUUUUUUACUUUUUUGUGUAUUUUAUUUUAUUUGAUUUUUUCUAUUCAAACGUUAAUUUUAAAAAAAAUUAUUAAGAUAUUUUUCAUCGAUACCGUAUGCAUUUUUAGUACUUAACGACGUGAAAAUAUCGAUUUUACACAAUCUUGCCGACGAAUUUAUCAUUUUUUUUCCUUAUCUAUCGAAUGAUUUUAUUUAGUAAACAUCGUUACGCGUUUAGCAGUUUUAUAUUUGAAAAAAAAAUGUGUUUUUUUUUUUAUUUUUUUUUUCGUCUUAUUAUUUUUGUAUAAAAUCACUGUACACUGGCCAACUUCUGUUACCAAUUUUUUGUUUUUUUGUUUCGAGGAAAAAACUCCUUUGUAUUGUUAUCUACUUUUUACGGUUUACAUGCCCUCUUUCUUCCUCAUUUUUUACUUCAUUAUUAAAAAUCAAAAAUACGAAUCAAAAUUGUCAAAUUGAAAACUUACUUAGGUACGAUGGAAACAAAUAUUAUUACGUAAGGCAUGAAAUUAAUUAUCGUGUUUCUGUGGUGUUUUUUUUUCUUUGCCUUUUUAAGACGAAUUUAUACCUACCAUUUACCUAACGUUGUACCGCGAUAAACCGUUAUUUCAGUCAAAAAAAAAAAUAAUAAUAACGAAAAAUUUAUAAAUUGCAACAAUGAAAAAGAAAAAAAAUGAGAAAAACUUAAAUAUUAAGCAUUACUGUGAUUUAUUCCUAGUAUUAAUUUGUACUAAAGUUACCAAAACCGAGUACAAAAAUAAAAAUUAUAUUAUUCUAAAAUUUUAAUAACCAAGCAGCUUGAAAAAUAUCGUAGUCUGGGUACGCCGAUUGAUCCUAGGAACGUAUAUAUGGAAGCCUAGGCGUGUGUAUUCCGAUUAUUUUUUU